UCAUCAUUCCUUAGCUGGCGCUGAAUGGGGAGAGAGAGGAGAGCGUUCCCUCUAGCUAGGGCGCUUGCUUUGAUCUGUAGAUGGUGGGAGGUAUUUCGUGCAAGUAAGAGAAAAACUAAGGGAUUAACAAUUCGGUCUGGUCCUGCGGGCUGUGCAGCGGCGUGUUUCCAAAUUGAGUUGCCUUGGGUUUAUGCGUCAGUAGCUUCAGGAUGGCUCGCCUGGGCACCCGGCUUAUGCACCACAUGGACGAUCUAUUGCAGCUCAUACAGUUCAACAGCAGCAUUGAACUAGACUACCUUCAGAUUGUACGGUGUCUUGAGGGGAUGCGCCAACGCUGCUGCCGAUUGGGCCAUGACUUGACGGGAGCAAGAGAACAGCUGCGCAAGUCAGAGUUUGAGCGUUCUGUGCUUGAGGUGAAGCUGAAACAUGCCCGCAACCAGGUGGAGGUGGAGAUGAAGAAAAGGCACCAGGCAGAAGCGGAACUAGAGAAGCAGGACCGCAAGCUGAAGCUUAUCUAUGACUACCUGAUGGCUGAUCCACAUCUCAGUCCUCUCACUGAGGACCAGUGCUCAGCCCUGGCUGCUCUUGAUGGGCGAUGUUUCGGCCGCAGCACCCUGCUGCCUGGCAAGCGAUUGUCUGUGGUGGAAGAACUUGGCACCUCCUUCAUAUCUGACAUCAGUUUUGACCCUUCAGAUGAUGACGUGGUUCUGGAUAUGACAAGACCCAUCAAAGGCAGAGACAGGGGGCGCACCUCACUGACCCCUUUGAUCCAGCCAGUAGUCGCAGCCAAGCGUGUGCGUCCAUCAGUAGCACCUACUCCCAGACCUUGCCAGUCCAGUGAGAUGUCUUUGGCCCCAAGAUCUGCUGAGAGCAAGGGUGCCAUCCACAGCUUGCCCCCUCUUACCGUGGUGCCACGUCGCAGAUCCCAGCAGAGCAAUUGCAUCUCGACAUUCACAGAUGUCACUACCAUCUGGGGCAGCAGUGGGGAAUCGGGUGGACGUAGCAGCCGAUGUGAGAGUGACCCUAUCGGCACAGAGGUUGGAGAAGAACUGAGAGAUGUCCAGGAUCCCUUUUCCUCUCCCUCUCCUCACCAGAGAAUGCCACCACUGCAAUCCCACCACUUUACCUCCAAAACAGUAAUCCGUCUGGAGUCCUGUGCAGUUUGCAGAUCUCGCCUGCGCUUUGGGAAGGUGGCACUUAAAUGUCGCCCCUGCCAGCUUCUCAUACACCCCGAGUGCAAAGACCGCUGCUCCUCUCUGUGCAUCCCAGGUGCCCACCCCAGAGUUAGAGAUGGAACCCUGGCUGACUUUGCACCCUCCACACCACCUCUGGUGCCCCACAUAGUGGUUCAGUGUGUGAAUCAAGUGGAAAAACGUGGUUUGCAAGAGACUGGGCUCUACAGAGUGCCAGGUGCAGAGCAUCUUGUGCGUGAAUGGAAACACAAACUGCUUCAUGCCCAAGGAGCCAUUCCUUCACUGGAUGACGUGACUGAUGUGAAUGUGAUCUGUGGCAUUCUCAAGGACUUUCUGAGAGGCCUGAAGGAACCACUAGUGACCUUCUGCCUGCACUCCGCCUUCCUGCAUGCUGCAGACAUUCCAGAUGAGUCUGCCCGCCACACUGCCCUCUGCCAUGUUUUGAUGAAGCUGCCUCUGGCCAAUAGACAUACGCUAGCUUUUCUCAUGCUUCACCUGCACAGGGUUAUGGCGAGCCCUGAGUGUCGAAUGGACCGGCAUAACCUGUCACGUGUCUUUGGACCAACACUAGUUGGGCACAGUACUCCCAAACCCACCCCAUUCACCAUCAUGGAAGACACACCCCGUCAAUGCCAGGUGGUUGCCAGUCUCUUAACAUUGCCCCUUGGAUUUUGGAAACGCUUUGUGGGAGAGGAGCAGGAAAAUCUGGUGCCAUCAGUGCAACCGCACCAUGCACUGAAUGAGCAAGAGCGGCUCUUCCGUCCCCUCACUUCCCCGAAAAUCAACACCAUCCAGAUGAGCCCAGGAAGUGGUGGCCUCCCCAGUAAGCAACAUGCUUGCACUAGCACCACCUACCCAUCCUUGAAUGUUACCCACACAAAGAAGACUGGCAGAUUAUUCCCUUUCCCAACAUAAGGAAGCUACUCUGUGUGACCACCUGUACCACCUGCUGAGGAAGGAUAGGCUCAUUUCUUGCUGUGAUGCUCCAGCUUUCUUGUGGCCCUGCCAAGCAAUCUUACUUGCCACUCAAGGCUUGGCUUCUCACAGUUCAUGGGAGGAUUCUUUACCUUUGGCUUCGUCCUUAAGGGUGGUUGGCACUCUGGGGGCUGUCUCCAUGAGUAUCACUUACAGACCCUCUCCUCUCUGACUGGAGUUUUUCAGAAGAGAGGCAGUUCUUUCCUUCCUUCCCCUUUCGUAUUGCUGGACUUGUGGGUGGGAUGAAGAGGUCCUGGCUUCCUCUGUUUAUAGGAUGCAGCCAGGUACAUGUAUGCAUGAGGGUGAAAGUUAGGCUGGUGGGCAAAAGCCAUAAUAACUUCUGUACCUUCUGGGAGGUGAGGUUUCAUUACCGAUUACAUCUAUAUGGCAGAGAUCAGUGGUGGCUGAAAUGGUGGAUGGUUUAAAGAAAGAAUUGGUUGGUAGAGCCAUUGGAGGACUAUUGGAGCAAUGACCUUUCCUCCACCCACCCAUCCCCAGUCUUGUUUUGAAUGCAGCAGGCAAUAGUGAUUGCUCUUGGGCCCUGGCCCUUCAAUGGAGAGGAAACUAUAUCCUUGACUCUGUCCUUGGUGCUAGUCAAAUCACUUACCUUUCCAAGUGGUAGCUUCUUUAGUGGCAGGAAUGCCAAAGCCGGAACAGAGAGUUCCUCAGAGGUAUUUACUAGUCUAGGAGGGUGGAACUGUCACUGUGUUCAUCUCUGUAACUGCUGUACCUCUUAUGAUGAUCCAUUUGGGCUAUCGGGGUUUGUGAAUGUGCUGGCCUACAACACCGGGGCAGCCAACUUAAGGUGCCUGGCUGCUGCUGGACUACAGCUUCCACUAUCAAUAGCUGGAGAACUUCAGGUUGGCCACCCCUGCACAACAUGCUUAAUAUCUUUCAUCUGGAAACACCUUGGGAGUAAUGGCUGUGCCAUGAUUUGCUCAUGUGUCAUUCUGAAGUGUGGUGACUUGCACGAAGGACAUGCGGAGUUCAAAGGCUUCAUUCUACCAGAAUGUAUUGUUUGGAACUAAAUUCAUGUUGAGCUUCAGGAAGUCAGGACUCGACUCAAUACAUCCUUUCAUGACCAUGUAUCAAAGGGUACUGUAAUCUAAAUGCUGCAAGAGUUGCUUACCUCCAAUAUUCCCCUGAGAUUAAAUUGGGUGCAUCUGUACCCUUGAAGGAUAGUGACAAGUGAAGAAGGAUGGAAAGGUAUAAGGUUGUGUUCAUUUUAUUCUGCCCUCUUCAAUUCUGUGUUCAGUCUCCUCCCUUUCUCUCACUCUUCUGGGGCUCUAGCCCCUGGAGGACCGCACUCCUCUUGGAAGUACUCAAAACUGGUAAAAGUAUUUGCUGAGGUUUUUUAUUCUGUGCUCUUAACAAAUGCUUCCUCCUUGAGACCUCCCAGCUGAAUGGAAGGAUUUGUAGAGGGAGCUACUAGUUAUUGAGAGUUCCAAUGUGUCAACCUUUCAUGGAACCAUCAUACCUACUGAAACUGCUGAAGCUUUUGGCUAUUUUCAAGAUGGGCUGGGGCUGUGACUUCCAAAUGGCUGACAAAGCACCAUGAAUAGGUUGUGAGGGUCCCAGAUGGUGGUAGCUAUUGAUGCUUGGCAUGAUAAUCUCAAAGGUCAUCUUAUUUUUAUUUUUUUAAUGUCCCAACCAAAAUCCCCUUGUUGGUUUUUUUGAUAAGCAUACUUGGGAAUUCUUGAACAAGGGCCUGUAGCUUUACUUAGUAGCUGUGUUUGGGCCUGUUUUUAAUAACGAUAAAAGCCACUGGUAUGCAACUAACUUACAUGUGGAGCAAUUGGCAGCUGCUGCCCACCUCCAAAGAUCACACAACACCCAGCCUGUGCAAAAUGGGCUCCUUCCUUCCCUUAUCCUCAAAUUGUAUUCCUACUUCACUCCCUGGAAUAAUCCCCUCACGUGGGAUUAUUCUUUACCAACUUGUAAUAUGUACAUUUGUCUUUAGUGUGAACAUUUAUUACAAAAAAUAAAAGAGCAACAAAAGAAGCUGUA